AUGGGGGUAUGGUUGAGAGUUAAUAUGCAAGCUAUGAUGCAUCCUACGGAGGCUGUUCAUAAAGACCCUCCUUUCUACGCUCUCGUCAGUCCAGCUGCUGGAGGAGGAGGUCAUUAUGAUUUCGGAACAGGAGAGGAAGGAGGAGGAGGGCUAACUGCCUUGUUGAGAGCAAUGGUGAAUGAGGAUUCGAGAGGAAGUAGUGUAGAGUCUAGUGCUGGUAGCGGAGCGAAGCGAUCCCCGAAUGUUGAGAAGUUCCCCCCUCUGAUGGAGUUGAGGAAGAAGAUUGAAGCCUUGGAUAGAGAGGCCACAGGAAGGAGAAUUCUCAAUCACAAAUUAGAGGCUCUCAAGGCUCAGCUCGGCCACUCACAGAAGCAUGUUAAGGAGUGCUCGGAUUUUACGGAAAAACUCGCACAAGUGACGUGGGAGGCCUAUGAGGAAGUUUUGAGGCUUCUGGGUCGGCCGAACAUAGUUAGAGGAGAGGCGGAAGUGCUCGAUGGUUUGUCUACUGAGGACUACACUGAGGAGUUGAGGGAAGCAUUGGAGAUGGAGAGGGAGUUGGUGAAGGCUAAUGAAGAGUUGGACGCGGAAAUUAAGGCGGAGAUGGGAGGGAGAAUUGCGAUACCACACCGUCGUGAAGAAGCUCCGAAAAAGCAGGUGAAGCCGGUGUCGGAACUGGACCGCAUCUUGCAUGAGUUCGAGGCCUUACAGAAAGAGAGGAAGUGACGUCAUGGGAUAUAAUCGAAUUAUGCAAGUUAAUUUCCAAUC